ACUGUUUCUGAUUACUGCUUUUACUGCGAAUGGUAAUACGCAAAAACAUAUACAAAUUACGGAAAUAUUAAAAACUAUUAACUGCAGGGGAUUAAAAACAUUGACUAUGGAUGCAAAACGUGAGAGAAAGUCAUCUUUGGCUCCACUUUCGCCAUGUCCAAUACCAGAUAUAACUGAUGAUGAGCUGGUGACGAUCUCGGUGCGUGAUCUGAACCGAACGUUAAAGAUGCGUGGACUCAAUCGGGAGGAGAUUGUGCGCAUGAAACAACGACGUCGCACUCUGAAGAAUCGGGGCUAUGCGGCUAGUUGUCGAAUUAAGCGCAUAGAACAAAAGGACGAAUUGGAAACGAAAAAAUCAUAUGAAUGGACGGAACUGGAGCAGAUGCACGAAGACAAUGAACAGAUACGCCUGGAUGUUGCCAACUGGAAAAACAAAUAUAAAGCUCUCCUACAAUUUGCUAUUCAAAACGAUAUACCUAUUCCAAGCGAACUGGAGGGCUGUUGAGUUCAGCCAGUGGAG